UUCCUUUCUCUCUCUCUUUUAUUCAUAAAAUUCUCUAAUAACACAAAAGACAAAUUUUCAAUCUAAGUUGGCUGCCGAAGGACUGACAUUAUUGUCGGCGACAUGGAUGUAUAGAGUUCACUGGCAUGCACUUGAAUAUAGAACUUAAAUCACAAAGUUAGGCCAGUACAAUCAAUCGUCCCCAUUAUAUUUCUCUUCGAAAAUUGCAUUCAAUCACUCAUAUACUCCUCUCUGCACUCUAAUGUACGUAUGUAAAAACUACAAUUUGUCAGCGAGAAUAAACAGUAGGUGAGAGCGAAUUUCCUACAACACCAUGAAAGAAACAGCUAAGUUCUCCAAAGUUGCUGUAAUUGGAGCAGGAGCAGCUGGGCUUGUAGCCGCCAGAGAAUUACACAGGGAAGGCCUCGAAGUAGUUGUUUUUGAACAAUCUGCUAAUGUGGGUGGCACCUGGGUGUACGACCCACAUGUGGAAUCUGAUCCACUGGGCCUCGAUCCCAACCGUAAAGUCGUACACAGCAGCAUGUACUUGUCUCUCCGUACAAAUCUGCCACGUGAGCUGAUGGGUUUUCUUGAUUAUCCAUUUGGAAUGGUGGGAGGGAGGGAUUGCAGGAGGUUCCCGGGCCACAAAGAAGUGGCUUUAUAUUUGGAAGAUUUUGCUGCGGAAUUUGAUGUAUUGAGAUUUAUCAGAUUCAGAACAGAGGUAGAGUAUGUGGGUAUGGUAACCAAGAAUCAAUGGUUUGUGAGGUCUUGUUCAGACAAGAUAAACAACAGGGAAGAAGUUUAUGAUGCUGUGGUAGUGUGUAACGGGCAUCAUACUCAGCCCAGAAUUGCGCAAAUUCCAGGUAUUGAAAUAUGGCCAGGAAAACAAAUUCACAGUCAUAAUUACCGUGUUCCUGAUUCAUUCCGAGAUGAGGUUGUAGUCAUAAUUGGGAACUCAUAUAGUGGUGAAGAUAUUGCUCUAGAGUUAACGGGAGUUACUAAACAAGUGCACAUAUCAGCAAGGUCAAGAAAUUCUGAUGUCCUAGUGACGAACCCUGUGGAUGUCCCCUACAACAUUUUUCUGCACCCUGAGAUAAAAUCUUUAUGCCAAGAUGGUACUGUCAAUUUUGAAGAUGGCACUUCCAUUGUAGCGGAUUCUAUUAUCCAUUGCACAGGUUAUUCAUAUUAUUUCCCCUUUCUGGAUACAAAGGGAAUUGUGACUGUGAAUGACAACUCUGUGGGCCCAUUAUAUGAGCAUGUUUUUCCACCCCUACUAGCUCCUUCACUUUCAUUUGUAGGCCUACCGUGGCAGGCAAUACCUUUUGUAGUAUGUGAGUUACAGUCCAAGUGGAUAGCACAUACAUUGUCUAGGAAGGCAAUACUUCCAUCGAAAAAUGACAUGAUGGAAGCUGUGAAAGAUUUCUAUGCUCGUAAUGAGACUGCUGGUCAGCCCAGACGUUACACCCAUAUCCUUGGCUCUCAUCAGGGAAAAAUAUUUCCAUUGUAUGAAUCAAUUUGUUAUCAGUAAGCUCUAUAAAGAAAAAAACUUCUCAUGCGAAAAAUUCUAAUAUCUAUGAAGCAUUAAACUUCUAGCUUCAUUGGCUUUCCUUUAAGAUCAAGGGGCAGGUUAAAAUUAUCAGAUUCUUUUCUACCACUAGAUGUCCAUCUGCUUUUAGAUUUAGGAGAUGUUACAGGGUUAAAACACUGCUUCCUCCUGGGAUUGCCUAGCUUGUGCCUAUUAUCCAAGACAUUUGGUGAUGGACAUUAGCAGGUUUUGUGUUGCCCUGUUGGCAAUGGUUGAUGAUGACGUUAUUGGUUUCUGACCUGAGCCUUCCUGCAAAUAUGUCACAAUGACUAUUACCAGUCUUGAUCUCUCAUUUUUAAUCUUCAUCCACCUUGUGCUUCAUUUAAUAGCUCUUCACAUGGCUCUUUCUACUUGUACGUAGGUUCUUUAGUUUGGGGUUCAACCAAUUUCAUUUUGGGCCUCUUAGCAUCUUUUCUUUGGGUCUUAGUGUUCAGUUUCUUUCAUAACUUAAGGCCCUUUUGCUCUGGUACUUCAACAUUGUAAUUGAAUAUA